UGUGACAAGGACAACUUACUAACGUUUAGUAAAUUAAAUAAAAACUCAGAAUAUGCUGUUUUGAGCAAUUAGAAGUUUUACUUAAAAUAUUCAAUAAUUGUUAAAGUGGCGCAAACGAUGGGAUCUAGCAUAGGAUUACUCUUUGCUCCCCGCGCAAAAGGUACACGGAAAAUCAUUGUCCAAUUGGGAAUUGAUGGAGAAGUUAAGGAAAAUGAUCCAACCUGAUAACUUCUCUAUAUUGAAAGUGUCAAAGCACAGUUCUGAAGUGAUUAGGUUCGAUGCUGAACUGGAAAACCGCCAGAAACUCGAUCGUGUUCUGGCACGCCUCGAAGACAGGAUAAUACAGUUAACAGACUACCCAGAACCUUUGAAAGUUAAAGUUGCGGAAGUGAAAUCUGAUUUUCCGAGUCGGCAUUCUUGGGAUUCGUUCUUUAGAGAUGCAACAGACAUGGACGAAAUGAAGCCCGGUGAGAGACCUGAUACAAUUCACAUAAAGAAUUUGCCUAUCAGGUGGUUUGUUCAUGAUCGUGACGUUGAUGAUGAUGCACCUCCUUCUGAGAGUAUAUUCAAAAAAGUAUUCGAAAGGUAUGGCAUAGUGAGACAGGUGGAUAUACCAGCUGCUGAUCCUUUCCGUAUGCAAAUGAAAGCUCCUAUGAGAGGUAUAACAAUACCUGCUCAAGAUGCUUCAUUAUAUUUUGAAGGAUAUGUGCAGUUCAGUGAAUAUGCUGGUUUUGUACGUUGUAUGGAUUCACUUAGGGGUUGUAAAUUGUUGCGAAAAAAUAAAGACAUUGCCGAAUGGUGCAGCAUACAAGUGGACUUCGAUAAGACAAAACAUAUGACAGAUGCUGCAGUUAAAAGGAGGUCUAUAGUCAGAGAGAGGCUGUCAGCGAGGCAGAGGGCUAAGGAGGAAGAAGAAAAACGGGAAAAAGAAAAAAUUGCAAAGCGAGAAGCCAAAGAAAGGCAAAAAAAUGAUCACCAUGAAAGAGAAAAACUUGAAAAGAUGAGGGAGAGAGAAGAAAGAAGAAAAAAAAAACAGAUUGCAAAAUUGAUGGCUAAGGAUAAUGUUGAUCUCAAUAAAAAAGUGGCAGAAGAGCAGAAGAAAUUACUGAAGACACAGAAACGACUACAAGCUAUAAGAUUGAUUGAUGAAUUGUUUAAGAGAAUUGAGCUUCGUCCAGAACUUCACCAGAAUAGCAAAAGAUCAUCACGAUAUUAUAAUGCAAGCGAUUGUUUCGCAAGGCAAAGAAUAGUUAACAAUUAUAAGCAACAACAAGAAAAAGCUCUUGAAGAACAGAGAGAACGGCUCAGACACGCACUAGACGGCCGUAUAAUAAUCCGGUCAGCAUUGGAGACAAAGAAACCCAAGCGGGAAUCGUCGAUCAGUUCAAUAUCGGAAGACGAACGCGACCGAAAGCGCGUCAAGAACGAGACGCUGACCACGCCAGAGCGAGAGGUUAUCUACAACAAGACUGCAGGAAUGUACGGGUAUCCAGGGCCAUACGGCUUCGGCUACCCCUUCCCAGCGGUGCCACCGCAGUAUGCUUACCCGCAAACGCCGUACUACGUGCGCGGCGCGUACUUCGCGGGCGACGCGCGGCGCGCGCGCGGGCGCGGGCGCGGGCGGGGCCGCGCGCGCCUGCCGCACUUCGACGGGCCCGACGCCGCGCACCUGUACUACCAAUAUUUCAAGAAGUUAACCGAAGCGGGGCAUCGCAAUGAGCACGAUAAUCGCUCGCGCUCUCGUUCCCGCUCCCACUCGCGGCGCCGGUCAUACUCACGUUCGCGCUCCCGCUCCCGUCGCCGCUCAUACUCCCGGUCGCGCUCGAGGAGCAGAAGAUCCAGGAGUAGGAGAUCCAGGAGUAGGACUCGACGCACGAGGUCGAGGAGCCGGAGGUCAAGAUCUCACAGCCGUUCAAAUUCAAGGUCACGACGACGGUCGAAAUCUAGAAGCCGACGAUCCAAGACAAAAUCCCGUUCUAAGUCGAGGUGUCGAACUCCCAGCCCCAAACAGACGGACACCCAGCCUCGCGCGGACAGCAGUCGCGUGUCCCCCGAGAGAAGACACCGGUCGAGGAGCUGGUCGCUGCCCAAGCAGCCGGAGAGGAGCAAGUCGUGGUCGAAGAGUCCUAAGAAAUAAAUAAUAAAUAAUUUAUUUAUCA